GCCUUGCCUUAGUAACGGUGAUUCAGAAACACUUUAAGGAAGUACUGUUGCCUCUGCCUAGACCACAGAGACAGAGAAUGGGGAGAGAUUCAGAGCUUUUGCCAUGUGCACAAGAGUGAAGAAGCUGUUUUCAGACAAACUCCACAAACUGAUCACCCUAGCAGAGGGAUUGUCUGAAGACAGGGGAGAAGAUUGGGAGAAGAGAAAUUUUCAUUUAAGCAGAGUGCAAUGCUGCAAGUAGAAGUUGAAGAGUUUAUGGCUGGCUAUUAAAUUCAAUUUGUCGAAGUGUCUGGAUUCAGCUGCUGUACCGUCCAGUCAGAAGAAUUACCGUGCAUCAUGCUCUGGAUUCCACACUGAGCUAACCAGCAUGAUUCUCCAGCACUCUCCCUGCUUGCAGUUCUCCAAGGGCCACUUUCCACUUCAGAAGUGUAGAUUCCAUUGACAAUACCUGAUGCGUUGCCCACGACUAGAGAAGAAAGAGCAACGUUACCCACUCGGCAAACCAGCAGGCUGGUUCGACCCCCCAGAAAAUGUCUGAACAGCUCAAAGUGAAUACCGAUGGAUUCCCAUAAGGAGAUCUUGACCGUAUUGUCUUGUACUGUCAAGUCAACUCCGACCCAUAGCGACUCCAUGGGCAUAUCUCGCCCAGAACACCCCACCUCCAUCUGCAGUUGUUCUGGUAGUGUAUUCAUAGAGUUUAGGAGAGGAGAAACAAGGAUUAGCAGGAAAGACUGAAGAACAUGAAAGCCAUCUCUCUGAGGAAGAAAAAUAUAUGGAUCACAGUGGGAGAAAAGCCUCUCCCUGAGACCCAUGACCGUGAGGCCCACAGCCAUUUUGCAGGGUCGAACUUUAAGGUUUGUUAGUAUUAUGCUGCCUCUCUGGGGCAAAGACAUGCGCACGCUCAGAAGACUUCUUGCUCACGAUACCGUCUAGACGUGCCGCAGAGACAAUGGCGUCAAAGGUCUCGUGUCUGUAUGUGUUGACGGUGGUGUGCUGGGCGAGUGCCCUCUGGUAUCUAAGUAUAACUCGUCCCACUUCUUCCUACUCUGGCUCCCGGCCUUUCAGUAGCAUUUCCAUUGCCCGGAAGAACGUUUCCUUCGGGAACAUUAGGACUCGACCCAUAAAUCCCCAUUCAUUUGAGUUUCUCAUCAACGAACCUAACAAGUGUGAGAAGAGCGUCCCCUUCCUUGUCAUCCUCAUCAGCACAACGCACAAGGAGUUCGAUGCCCGGCAAGCCAUCCGAGAGACCUGGGGAGACGAAAACAACUUUAAAGGUAUUCAGAUCGCCACCCUCUUCCUCCUGGGCAAGAAUGCCGACCCCGUCUUGAAUCAGAUGGUAGAGCAGGAGAGUCAGAUCUUCCACGACAUCAUUGUCGAGGACUUCAUCGACUCGUACCAUAACCUCACCCUCAAAACACUGAUGGGCAUGAGGUGGGUGGCCACGUUCUGCGCCAAAGCCAAGUAUGUCAUGAAGACAGACAGUGACAUUUUCGUCAACAUGGACAACCUGAUUUAUAAACUCCUAAAGCCCGCCACCAAGCCGCGGAGAAGGUACUUCACCGGCUAUGUCAUCAAUGGGGGCCCCAUCCGCGACGUGCGCAGCAAAUGGUACAUGCCGAGGGAUCUGUACCCAGACAGCAACUACCCUCCCUUCUGUUCGGGCACGGGCUACAUCUUCUCAGCCGAUGUAGCUGAGCUCAUCUACAAGACCUCCCUCCACACGAGGCUCCUUCACCUCGAAGAUGUCUACGUAGGACUGUGUCUGAGAAAGCUGGGCAUCCACCCUUUCCAAAACAGUGGCUUCAAUCACUGGAAAAUGGCCUACAGCUUGUGUAGGUAUCGGCGAGUCAUAACCGUGCAUCAGAUCACUCCAGAAGAAAUGCACAGAAUCUGGAAUGACAUGUCAAGCAAGAAACAUCUCAGAUGUUAAGAUUUUUACAGCUGUAAAUACCUUUUUUUUAAGAUAAAAAAAAGCAAAAACAUAAAAAACAGGCCUAUGGUGUUGAUGGUCUCCUGGGGUAACUAUGGGAAAUGAACUGUGGUAAGGGAUGAGUUGUUUUCCAGAAACAAUGGAUUUCUUUUUGUUCCUUUCCUUGUCUCUGGUUGCUGGUUUACAAACAUUAGGCUCUAGCCCUUCAGAUUUUUACCCAAGUUAACAGUGCCAGAUUUCAAUCUCAGGGCAUGAGGAAUGCUUAUCUCAAAGAAGCAGCCCCUGAACCUGUACGCCCGAGAGGAGCCAAUAUUUUUCUGCUCCCUGGUUUUGUACCGAACAUCUGAGAGGGCAAUCUGGCUCUGAGAAACUGAGCAUCCCAGAAACGUCUUUAUCUUGUCCCUGCAAAAAGAAAGUGGCCUCUGGGCUAUUAGUCUAUAAAUGUGCCCCUGCAGCGGCAUCUAGGUAUCAGUGUGCAUGCCCUGUGUUCCAGCAGUCUUGAAUUUUUACCUACCCUCACCUGUAAAGGGGGCCAUUUGUGCAGUUCCACCAAUGACGAACUUGGACUUGGCAGUAAGACAGACAUUAGAUGGGUGAGACAGUAACUGGGGAAUCAAGCGUUCCGUAGGUUUUGGAAACAACUUUGCUUAUUCAGCCAAGGCUUGAACACAUGAUCAGCAGGUGGAAUUUAUUUAGGAUGCUAUUUAACAAAAUAAAUAGUAGCUCUCUUCUGUGCUCUUUCAGAGCAAACAGAAAACGGUGCCUCCAAGGAUACUUGCCAAAUGUAAUCUUCCUUUCUCUCUCUCUCUCUGUCUCCACCGUAUACAAAAUCUCUAAGUGUAUUUAGGUUGCCUGGAGAAAGCGGGCACAUACUUCUGAGUUUGCAAAGUAAGCAUGGGUGGUUUGUGGCCAGAGAGAAAUUGAGACCUUGAGACAAAAAAAAAUUUAUGAAAGGAUUACAGAAAAAAUGAUAGCUCUAGAGUAUAGUACAAGAGGUACCAUCUGUACACAUGGAAAAAGCAGUUAAUUGGCAGAAAUAUCUGUGGACCUGCUGAGCUCUGCAAUGACUGCUUUAAUGGUAUUUAUGACAGGGCAAACUGUCGAGGUUAGGACUGAGGUAUUAUAUUGCAGGCACAGGAAUCCAGGGAAUACCACAAGGCUGACUGCACUGUGUCUCCCCCAUGCCUCUGUUUCCUCCACAGUACAAUGGCAAUAAGAAUACCUACCUCACAGACACUGUGAGAUGCCACUGGUAGUUAAGUCCUUUGAGAUCCGAGGCCAAAAGUGCUAUGCGACAAAGGUAAAAUACCGUUAGUACUGUUGUUAGUGUUCUGGCUAAGACGGUGACAUAGCAGUACCAAUUGUAGGCAGGUGAUGAAUUCUGCAAUUCCCCCCAGAAUGUAUCAUUUCCCCGGAUGAUACAGUAUCGGUCACAGACCGUCACUGUGUGACAUACUCCCAGGACCCGGAUACACUUGGCCCUAUCAAGUACUCCUGAAUAGGCUCAAGGCCCUGGGAAAGCUUUAAUUUGAUUUAAUUUGGUGAUGUACUUGGGACUAAAAAUGAAUAAUGAAACAUACCUAUCUUCCCAAAGGGCCAUGUUACAUCAUCAAGGAGUCUGUGCUCAGAGCUGGGAGAUCUGGCUUCUUACGUACGGGAGUACCCGAAGACAAGUUGCUUUAUGUGCAAUUUCUUGAAAAGUUUCACUUAUAUGGAAGCACCUGUGGUGAGCGGAGCACUGUACUAAGCACUUGGGAGAGUCCAAUCGAGUUAGUAAACAAAAUCCCCAAUCUUGAGGAGCUUACAGUCUAAUACUUGUUAACUGCUCUUAGUCAGCUCUAUCCAGGUGAGAAUAGGCCUUUUACAGCAAAUUUACCAGUAAAUCAACGUUCAAUAUAACUCGAUGUCACAUCGGAAAUCUCCACUCCCCUCUGGAGACCCCGGUUUGGUUUCCACUGAUUCUAUGAUUCUGAGACCUGCCCUCCAAAAGCCCACUGGGAAGAUACAGUUUGAAGUACUGCCGCACCCAUCCACUGCACUUCCACUACCACCUGAGGAAGUACAGGAAAGAUGAGAUUGAACUCAUUAUCUCAUUAACUCAUUAUUAAUCAGAUAUUAAUUUUCUGCCCCUCCCUCCCACACUCCAGACUUCUCAUCUGCCAGAGAACUGGUCCCAGUACAAUGAUGCAAGGAUCAAACAACACCAAGGUGUGGGGGAAAGGAGGAAGACAGAGAGGGAGGAAUCACCAUAUAGUCAUGCAGAGGCACAGAUGAUUUUAGGCUGGUCUUCGAUUGCUGGGAAUUUGAGUCAGUCAUUGGACAAAUCUGGAUUUCACUUACCCAACCAAUGGUUAGGAGAGGAUCUUGAAGGAUUUCCUCAGUACAUCGGGAUUGCUCUCUUCCACAGUCAGCUUUAACUUGCCCUCAGUUUUUCAAGGAAUUGCACAUAUUCUGAACAAAAUAUAUAUAACACUCAUAUGUAUAUAUAUAUAUAUAGAUAUGUAUAUUAUAAAUAGUCACCUCAUGAAUAAUUCACUGUCCUAAGAUGGUGCAAAGAACAGUGAGCUUUUCAUUUUGGAAACUGCUAUUUCUGGGUUGUUGGGUUUUUUUUUUUUUACUAAAAGUAAACAUCUCACAUAUCCCCUGUAAAUAUUCACCCAAGAUCACUUGUAGAUAUUUUAAAGGCAUUAUUUCCCUCUAUUCAGCUGUAUAUAUGGGUAGUGUCUGCUUACUCUGUAACAUUUGGUCCUGCAUGGAGCUUGUUCAGGCAAUGAUAUCUGUCCAGUGGUUCACUAGCCUUAAGCAUGUUUGCCCUCAGUUUUUUGAAUGUACGACACUUUUUUUAUGUCAGUGAUAACAAAUAAUCUCUAAUUUUCUACUUUUAUUGGUUUUCUGAUACUGACUUCACUUGCUUGUUCAGCCAUUUUAUGAAUUUGUUGUUUCUCUUUGAUCCGAUACAGUCUUGCAGACUGCAGUCUCCAACUGGACCUACAAUCAGUUUUGUACUAAAAUUUACCUAUUGAUCCUUCCCCUCCCAAACACUAAUUUUGCACGGGAAGAUAUUAAUUAUCUAUCAACAGUCAGUGUUUUUGUUCUGAAUGUUCCCUCUACUACAACAAAUGUCUGUGUUAUCUUUGUUGUGUAUUGGAGGGGUUUGUUUUAAUCCUAUACUGGGGCAAAUGCCAGUUUCAAAAUAACACUGGACACUCAAGUGUCUAUAAUCAAAGUAUGAGGAAAAUCACAUUUGAUUUUGAUUGAAAUGUAGAUGUACAAAGCACAUGUGAUUGAUUUCGUUAAGGAAAGUUCCUCUUUUCUGAGGGAGCGAGGAAGGAAAAGAGAUUCCCACUCUAUCCUUUCCUAUCAAAAGACAUCAGGCAACUGGGAUUCAUUUUCUAUACAGUAUUUCCUACUACUUGAGUGCAGGGGAGGAAUUAAUCCUGUAAUUUCUGUUGUUUAAAGAAAGGCUGUUUUUUAUAAGCUAAGAGUAAUUUAUGAAUGAAGGAAGUAAUUUACUAGAGAAGACUAUGGAUAGUAAUUGAAAUUUAGGUGUAUCAUUAUAUAUGAAUGGCUGUAUUUAUGUAUUUAUUUGUCAAAAUUGUAUAUACUGUUUCAAUAGUAAAUGUCUGUAAAAGUGCACUCUUUGGGUUUCUGUGGGGUUGCCAGUCAAGCUGCUAAUCAGAAUACUAUAUUUUGUAUAACUGUCAUAAAACGGAAAGAAAAAAAAAAGAGCUGAAACUGAAGGCGUCUUGUACAGUCUGUGUUUUCAUUUUGAAAUGUAAACUCAGUGGGGAAUUUUGGUGCUCCCGGGCAGACCCAGCUAAUGGGAAGAAAAUGACUGUUCUAUAAAGGCUGGGGUUUAACCUCCAAGAAAACAAAAUAAACAGAAGGAGCAACUAUCUUUUGCUUUUCCUA